CUCCGGCUGUGCAUGGUGUUGCUGCGAGUGUCCUAUCUUGGAAGUAAUCUGUGGCAGGUUCGAAGGCUAGCCAACAAGAGAUGGCUUUGUUCGCACUGUGUUCUCACGUGCCUGGUUCACAUUGAAGCAAGAGGCAGUAGCAAGUGGAAUACGCUCGUCGCUGCUGCUACUCUUCAUCACUCUAGCAUUCUGACAGUUUUGCUGGUGACAUCUGUUGGCGACAUCGAAAUUGAGCUGUGGUCUAAGGAGGCACCACGUGCGUGCCGCAACUUCGUGCAGCUCUGUCUUGAAGGCUACUACGAUGGCACCAUCUUCCACCGCAUAGUCAAGGGCUUUAUUGCGCAGGGAGGUGACCCCACAGGCACUGGGAAUGGCGGGGAGUCCAUUUACGGUGCGCCCUUCAAGGAUGAGUUCCACUCUCGGCUGCGCUUUGUCCGUCGUGGCCUGGUGGCCAUGGCAUCGGGUGGUGCUGACGACAAUGGCAGCCAGUUCUUCUUCACACUUGGCUCCUGCCCUGACCUGCAGAACAAGCACACCAUUUUUGGAAAGGUGGUUGGGGAAACACUGUACAACAUGCUGCGCCUUGAGGAAAGCCUAGUGGAUGCAGAAGACCGGCCACUACAUCCGCACCGGGUUAUCGCCACACAGGUUCUAGUGAACCCAUUUGAUGACAUCAUUCCCCGCAAGGCUCUGCAGGACACAGCUGAGGAGCAGCCGGCACCUGCUGUUUCCACAGCUGCUGCAACCAGGAACUACAAGCUGCUUUCCUUUGGUGAUGAGGCUGAGGAGGAGGAGGAAGAGCUUAUGGCUGUCGUCUCCAAGGAUAACAAAGGGCGCAGCAAGAGCAGCCAUGACCUGACAGAUGAUGCUAGCUUGAGCUCAGUGCCUGCAGUAGGCGAGUUCAAGCGGCCUGUCGAGCCUGAAAGUGCAGUUGACUUGGUACGGCAGCGGAUGCGCCAGGCUGCUCUUGCAUCUACCUCAUCUGUGGCAGAGCAAAACUACUUCGAGGAGGAACGCCAGAAGGCCUCUGCGCAGCGCAUUGGAGAGAUCCGCAAAGAGUUCAGAGAGCUGAAGCGCCAAAUGCGGUCCAAGGAACAAGCCAAGCUGCAGCUAGACCAACAGUCAUCAGAGUGUCAUGCAAAGGAGGAUGAGGGGGAUGAUCCAACAAACCAGCUGAUGCGUGCCUACCGACAGGAGCAGCGUGUGUACACAGAGAAAAAGCAGAAUGUGCUCCCUAAGGGGGCUCAGAGGGAGCAGAAGACACUGGAGGCCCUUGCCCAGUUCCAAACCAAGAUGGCCGAGCACCUGUCAGUGAAAGAUGACACCCACCACAGAGGAAAUGAUGAAGACAGUCCAGAUGACAUGUCAGACCGAUGGCUGUCACACCAACUUCAUUUCGCUGAGCAAGGCCCUGUGCUGGCAAGAGACGCAAGCGUGAUGGAUGCCGAGGAGGCGUACAGCAUUGACGACCCGCGUAAUGCCAUGAACGAGAGGCGCCGCAAGCGAACACAUCAUGAACACAGCGGUGAUAGGCGCCACAAGCGACACAGGUAGCAGGUGCUGUCGGUCUAAGAACUCAUCUUUGAAUGCAACUUCUUUACAAUGUUUCAAUUUGGCCUAAAGACAAAUGUUCGAUGCACCUGGUAUUCAGGAUGUGUGAAGAAAAUUAUCAAUACUCCACCCUAUAAAGCUGCUCUUACUUUUGUGGUGCCUUGCAGUGAUGCCUGUUGUAAAGUGUUGUAAGCUGCUGCCAGUGUUUUGCCACCUCAGGAGAUAGCAUGGUUUUGCUGUGUUCUUCUUAGCCAAGCAUGGCUGGUGGGCUAUUUCCUUUUCUGGCUUGUUUCCAGAAUUCUGUGUUUUAAUUAGCAGUGCCAACCAUUGAAGUGAACCACAUUGCAGCAACGCAUGUUUUCUCACUAUGUAUAAGGUAGCAAGACAACUGUUGUGUUGGUCGCAUCAUGGCUUGUAAAUGAAUGGUUUCUGCACUACCCACAUCAUCGAAAUUGGCUGGAAAGCCACAUGCUGUUUGUCUGUGCUUGUUGUUCACAACAAAAUAAAUUGUCUUUUUUGUUCAAUAACAAAAUAUUGUACACAAUUAGUGAUUUGUGGGAAUGUCGGUUCUUAUAGCUGCAUAAACAUUUAGUGCAUGUUGCUGAGUGCUUUGGCACUUCACUAUUAUAUUGUUGUCUCAUGCUUCCUGAAUUUUAUCAAAUGCUGUGUUGGUAAGAAAGGGCGUGAGUGUACAAAGCAAUACCUAGACGUCUCUGAGCUUUUGAGAAAGGCUUAUCAUGUCAAUGUAGCGCAGUACAUGCAAGGUAAAGUAAGGAUGCCUUAGUUUCUUUAUUUAAUAAUAGGCCUGUGUGAAUAUUCGAUAGCUCUGAAUAUUGCAUCAAACAUUAUGCUAUUCAAUAUUCCAUUUGGCUCGAACAUUAGUAUUCAAGGUUCGAUCGAAUAUGCCUACAUAUCUUUUGUGUAUAAGCCACAUUCACAAUACAACACCACGAAAAGAAGAAAGAGUUGCAACUCAAGACGGCAGAAACCUGGAGGCUUACGAAGAGGGUUCUACAUGUACUUAAAUUGAGGACGACGCAACUAGCUAUGGAAAGAAGAGUGGUGGGUGUAACAUUAAGGGAUAAGAAGAGAGAAGAUUGGGUGAGGGCACAAACGCGAGUUAAUGACAUCUUAGUAAUACUUGUUGGGGGGGCUAGUUGGUGCAUGUUUCCAGAAGAGGGUUGUAGCGCCGAAAAACACAACACACAGCAAGCGAGACGGGACAGGCGCAACUUCCAACUGUUUAUUCACCGCGUAUGCGAAUGAAUAUAAGGGCAAAUCAAGAUGGGUAGCAAAAACGACACAUGCGCGCCAGGGUUUUUACAAAAAAGCGAGGGUUUUUACACAUGCACCUGUCCCAUCUCAUUUGCUGUGUGUUGUGUUUUUUGGUGCUACAACCCUCUUCUGGAAAUAAUGACAUCUUAGUUGAAAUCAAAAAAAGAAAUAGGCAUAGGCAGGACAUGUAAUGAGGAAGAUAAUCGAUGGUCAUUAAGGGUUACGGACUGGAUUCCAAUAGAAGGGAAGCAUAGCAGGGGGCAGCAGAAAGUUGGGUCGACAGAUGAGAUUAAGAAGUUUGCAGGGACAACACGGCCACAAUUAGCACAUGUCUGGGGUAGUUGGAGGGGAAGGGCCUUUGCCAUGCAGUGGGCAUAGCUAGGUCGCUGCUGCUAAUGAUGAUUAUGGAUCCUCCACAAUAAGCACGCGAGUGCCGAACUUUAGCUUGUUGGUUUCAGGUCUCAUGGUUAUUACUAACAGAAUGGUGUGAUAAACGAACAAAGGCUUGGAGGCAUCCAGUCAUUUUCUUUGUCUCAUGGUGUUGUUUCAUGAGCACCGUGAGUCUCCAGACCAACUAGGAAAGGAGGUUUGUUGCAAUCGCUUCUUAACUGUAUUGCCACCAAACCAACGGUGCUCUCAAUGACAACUUUUGGACAGUAGAAUGCUUGCACCCAGCAAAGUCUAAGAAGGAAGCAUUCAGGAUGUGCAAAUUGCUGAAGGGGCUUACACACAAAGAUGAUUACAAAGAUACACAAAGAUGAUUUCUUCUUUAUGGGGGAUUGUUUCAGAGGUCAUUCCGUGGCAAAAGUGCUAGGUGUUAGUUGCAGAGAAGCUUGUCUUUGCCCACUGUCAAUAAUCUGUUCCUUCUCCAGUGCCCCUGUGAAGUGCCUACUUUUUGGAUGCAAUGUGCUCUUCAUGCAUGCAUGCAUUUUUAGCUUGUAAAGACGUCUAUUACCCCUUGC